AUCCUAGCGCUAGGAUAUCCUAACUUAGGACAAAUACUAGGAUAGGGUCUGACUUGUCCUAAAUAAAUCCUAGACGAAAACAAUAUGGCGUCGUACUUGUUUGUUCAUGCAAUGUUUGGGGGAAAGAAUGACUGUAAGAAGAAUGCCGAAAGGAUAUAUCGUAACCGGACUGCGCCCCUCGAUUUAUUCGACGAUGCGGAGUUGGUUAAUCGAUACCGCCUGUCAAGGCGAGCGAUUCAAGAGGUGACAGAGCUGUGUCGACCCGAGCUAGAGAGAGCUACACAGCGUUCAAGAGCCCUAAACCCCGAUCUUCAAGUACUAAUAACCCUUAGAUACCUGGGGAAGGGUGGUUUCCAGUCGGAAUUGGCUGAUUUGCACGGGGUUUCACAGCCUACUGUCUCCCGUGCAAUUGGUACCACUGUAGACAUCUUGUCGCGGAAACUAGACCGUAUACGUUUUCCUAAAGAUGCAACCUCACAGUGGGAAGUCAAACAGGUGUUUCACGCACUUGCUGGCUUUCCCAAUGUGCUUGGCUGCAUCGACGGUACUCUAAUUGCAAUCGUCCGUCCACAAGCAUGCGAGGAGGCAGCGUAUGUUUGCCGGAAGGGAUUUCACGCUGUAAACAUCCAAGCCAUAUGCGACGGAGAUCUAAGGUUCACCAAUGUUGUAUGCAGAUGGCCAGGCGCAACACAUGAUAGCUACAUCUUUAAUAAUAGUACAAUUGGAAGCUACCUAGAAGAGUCUGGAGGUAGAAAUGGAUGGUUGCUUGGAGAUUCAGGAUAUGCCUGCAGACCAUGGAUGGUCACCCCCCUGAGCAACCCCCAAACACAGGGAGAGGAGAGAUUUAACGGAGCGCUCUGUAAAACAAGGAACACAGUGGAAAGAGCUUUUGGCCUAAUGAAGUCUCGGUUUCGCUACACAACCUGUGUAUCAACCAUCGCCUUCCACCCAUGCCAGCCCUACCUGCAGAGGAUGGCAAUGACCACCCAUAUGACGGUCCACUUAGAGAUGGACACCAGACAAGGAAACGCUUGA